AUGUCCGGCUGCUGCCUCAGCAUGGAGAGCCGCGCCGGCCCCCACCCUGCAGGGCUGUCCUACUGUGUGGCUUUCUCCCAGCUGCUGGGCCUCACGGUGGUGGCGGUGACCGGCGCCUGGCUGGGUCUGUACCGUGGAGGCAUCGCCUGGGAGAGCGACCUGCAGUUUAACGUGCACCCGCUCUGCAUGGUCCUAGGCCUGGUCUUCCUGCAGGCCGACGCCCUGCUGGUUUACCGCGUCUUCAGGAACGAGGCCAAACGCACGACCAAGAUCCUGCACGGACUGCUGCACGGCUGCGCCUUCGUCAUGGCGCUGGUGGGCCUGGUGGCAGUGUUCGACCACCACAGGAAGCGGGGCUACCCUGACCUGUACAGCCUGCACAGCUGGUGUGGCCUCCUCGCCUUCGUUCUCUACGUGGUGCAGUGGCUGGUGGGCUUCAGCUUCUUCCUGUUCCCCGGAGCUUCCUUCUCCCUGCGGAGCCGCUACCGCCCCCUGCACAUCUUCUUCGGCGCCUCCAUCUUCCUGCUGUCCGUGGGCACAGCCCUGCUGGGCCUGAAGGAGGCGCUGCUGUUUAAGCUCGGGACCAAGUACAGCACGUUUGAGCCCGAAGGCAUCCUGGCCAACGUGCUGGGGCUGCUGCUGGCCGGCUUCGCCCUGGUCGUGCUCUACAUCCUGACCCGCGCCGAGUGGAAGCGGCCCCCCCAGGCCGAAGAGCAAGCCCUGUCCAUGGACUUCAAGACGCUGACGGAGGGCGACAGCCCCGGCUCCCAGUGA